UGUCGCUGGCUCCACGCAGCUGUGAGUGCCGAUUGUUUUGUUUACCUCGCUCUAAGAGGACCACCAUACGUUGCCCCCCUGCAUGUACCAGAAGACACCACACACGUUGUAUUUGAUUGUUCUUGUCCGCCGAGCCAACGAAGUAGACGUCCUUGUUUUUACUCAACAAUCAAUGUCAACACAAGACUGACCUGCUAGACUGGUUUGUUUGGAACCCAUCAGUGCACACACCAAUCACGCAAAUGAAACUACCAGUUUACUGAUCUCUCAAACCCAUUAUCUGUCUGUGUAAUUAGCACAGAUUGUCCACAUUGCUAGCUUCUCGGUAAACCAAAGUUCAGGAUGACUUCCGUAGCAGGCGAAAAACCAUCAACCUCAAAGAAGAAGAAUGAGAAGAAAAUCGCGGCCAAGGAAGAAUAUAGAUUGCUAUCCAACACCAUGGGCGUCAUGAACAACCUGAGAAGACAGGGCACUCUCUGCGAUGUCAUCCUCGUGGUCCAGGGCAAGCAGAUUAUGGCUCACAGAGUGGUGCUCGCUGCAGCCAGCCAUUUCUUCAACCUCAUGUUCACCACCAACAUGAUGGAGUCAACUGCCCAUGAGGUGGAGCUGAAGUGUGCAGAGCCAGAGAUCAUUGAGCUGCUGGUGGAGUUUGUCUACACUGCACGCAUCUCUGUCAACAGCAGUAAUGUCCAGUCCCUGCUGAACGCUGCCAACCAGUACCAGAUAGAACCUGUGAAGAAGAUGUGUGUAGACUUCCUUAAGGACCAAGUAGAUGAAACCAACUGUCUGAGCAUUAGUGCUCUUGCUGAGUGCCUGGACUGCCCAGAGCUGAAGGUGGCAGCGGACGACUUCAUCCACCAGCACUUCACCGACGUGUACAAGCUGGAUGAGUUCCUGCAGCUGGACGUGUUUCAGGUCACUCAGCUGCUGCAGCAGGACACGCUCACCGUCAGAGCAGAGGAUCAGAUAUAUGACGCUGCAGUGAGGUGGCUGAAGUACGACGUUCUGAACAGGCAGAAGUACAUAGUGGACGUUCUGGGUAAAGUGCGCUUUCCCCUGGUGUCCAAGGGCUUCCUCAGUAAGACCGUUCAGGCCGAGCCACUCAUUCAGGACAACCCAGAGUGCCUGAAGAUGGUCAUCAGUGGGAUGCGUUAUCACCUCUUGUCUCCUGAGGACCGUGAGGAGCUGGGGGAGAGCAGCCGUCCACGCAGGAAGAAACACGACUUCCGCAUCGCUCUCUUCGGCGGUUCACAGCCCCAGUCCUGCAGAUACUUCAACCCCAAGGACUACAGCUGGACAGACAUCCGAUGUCCGUUUGAGAAGCGCCGGGACGCCACGGCCGUGUUCUGGGACAAUGUGGUCUACAUCCUGGGCGGUUCGCAGCUCUUCCCCAUCAAGAGGAUGGACUGCUACAACGUGGUGAAGGACAGCUGGUACUCCAAGCUGGGGCCACCCAACCCGCGGGACAGCUUGGCCGCCUGCGCCGCCAAGGGCAAAAUAUACACCUCAGGAGGGUCGGAAGUGGGAAGUUCGGCACUGAACCUGUUUGAGUGCUACGACACGCGGACAGAGACGUGGCAAAACAAGCCCAGCAUGCUGAUGCCUCGCUGCAGCCACGGCAUGGUGGAGGCCAACGGCCUCAUCUACGUCUGCGGAGGCAGUCUCGGCAACAACGUCUCCGGGAGGGUCCUCAACAACUGCGAGGUCUACGACCCAUCCACAGAUGAAUGGCGGGAGCUGUGUGGCAUGAGAGAGGGCAGGAAGAACCAUGGGCUAGUGGCGGUCAACAACAGGAUAUACGCUGUUGGGGGGCAGGGAGGACUUGGUGGCCUGGACACGGUGGAGUACUACGAGAUCGGCACCAACGAGUGGAAGCCAGCCGCCCACAUGCCGUGGCGCGGUGUGACGGUGAAGUGUGCGGCGGUGGGACCGGUCAUCUACGUAUUGGCCGGUUUCCAGGGAGUGGGUCGCCUAAACCACAUCCUGGAGUACUACACAGAGACGGAUAAGUGGCUAUCCUGCACCAAGGUGCGUGCCUUCCCAGUCACCAGCUGCCUCAUCUGCGUGGUGGACACAUGCGGCGCCAACGAGGAGGAGGUUGUGCCCACCGACACCCUGCACGCGUCUCCAUCUGCGUCCACGUCAUCGCCCUCCUAGCGGUUUUGCACAUGAUGGAGAGGACUGUGUUUGUUUGUGUGUGUGUGGACCUUACUAAACCCUUGCCUCACAGCAAGCAAGGUGAACUUCCAUUCACACUAAACACACUAAACACUGAACUCUACAACUUCCCUGGCCCUGGACCUCUGGCUCUCCCAUGCAUCCUCCUGUCUCUCCUGUGUGAAAUAAGCCUGCCUUUAAAUAGGCUAGGCAAUUACCCAAUUAGGUCUUGGGCUAAACCCAAGGGUGUAUGGGGAGUGGUGCUCUGUACCAUUAACCCAAUCACAGUUAACAUCAACAGCUUAAUACAGACACAUACAUACAAAAGACAUAAACCCGCCAUAAACCUGGAACUGAGUACAGGUGAGUGUGUUUGGUUGCAGUCCAUGCAGAUGUGGCACAAGGCCGGCUUUUAAAAGUUUGUCAUUGGGGAAAAGGAAAGGGCUCUUUUUUUACUGUGUGUGUGUGCGUGUGUGUGCGUACUUGUGUGUGUGUGUGUUUGCGUGUCUGUGUGUGUGUGUGUGCGCACAUGCACGCGUGUGGAAGGGUCAGUGCUGUCCUUUCUGGUUGUUUCUCUAAAUAUUGGUGAAAGAUGUGUUUUACAUUUGUUUUACACCAUGAAUAAAAGUGAAAACUUUCUUUCAACUUAUUUUAUGGCUGCAAUAUGGACAGCUGUUGUCCAUUCAAGGAGUUUGCUAGAAACCCACAGCAAUAAAUAAAUAAGUAAUUUUUUCAAUGGGAAUGUUUUAACUUAAUUUGGGUACCUUUAUGUAUGUAAGGGAAAAAAUGUGUUACUUCCAUUAUACAGGACGAUUGGAGAUCAAUCUUCCUGUGUAAAGCUGUAAUCAGAGAAUCCUGACAUGACCUAUGUGUGGGGCACCAGUUGUCAAAUCCAAGUUGUGUAUAUCAUCUCUAUUGUUUGAAAUUGCAACUUUAACGAAGUAAGGAUGUUUAUCUGAAUGAGCAUGGCCGUUGUUAUCUGUGGAGCCGUAAAGGAUGUGCAGCCCACAGCCGAGUGAACAUGCUUAGGCCUACUGAGAGCAUCAGGGACAUGCAAAUACAGAGUGUGUUUUUAUUGACCAUGUUCUGAUAUGUUAUUGCUGAUACGUUUAACGCUCGCAAGGGAACUUUGUUUUUUCAUUAAAAUUAUGGAAAUUGUCAAUUA